AUGAGGCAGAAAAGAAGUAUGAGUUGUGUUCCAAAUGACAUAUUAAUAGGGCAAAUUCCUUUAGAUCCUCGCUGGAAAUUCAAUACUCGUCUUGACGUCGACCCUUACCCAUUCAGAAGCUCGUGUUCACUCUAUGGAUCUGGAUUGAUCCAAGUAAAUAUGAACACUUCAAUUUUGUAUUUAAAAUCUGCUACAGUUGAAUCAUUUCCAGAAUCAAUUAUAGUUGAUACAUUUCCAGAAGUACAUGCAGAGUAUAAAUUUCGCAAUAGUCCUGAUGGAUAUAACAAUACAAGAGUUAGUUAUAGGCGAACUCUUUAUUAUAAUAGAACUGAUUAUACAGAAAAUUUUCAAGCAUGCAGUGCAUUUAUAAUAAUGAUGGAAGAGUUUACACGAGAAAACGAUUCUGAAGUAGUUGGAUUCCAGUAUAUAAACAGGCUAUGGACACUUAGAAUACCAGAAGCAUCUAGAAUCCCUUACAACCCAGAUAAUAAUAAUACUGUAUUUGAAAUUGUAUCAGUUCCUAUUGCUGUUAAGGCAUACACAUGUAAAGUUGAACGUGUUAAAGAGGGUGAAGACGGAAGUUAUAACUUCUUAAUUCGCUAUAUAGAUGCAGAUGUGGAAGUAUCUGGUACUAUAAUUGGAAGAGGUUGUUGGAACCUUGCUAUUAUAAACGGACAUGACACCUCAAUAUAUGCAUCAUAUCUUGCUGUAAAAAAUACACAGACAGCAUCGAUUGAUAAUGUGCCUGUACAAAUAAAUACAUCAU